GUUGUACAGGCUAGGCGGGGCAGGGUAGGUGAGCGACGUCCCUCUAUUCCAUAACAAAAUACAGCUUUAACGGCAAACGGAUGUCGCUCUGUUGCAGCUAAAAUGUAAUUUUAAGUAAUUGGCUGCCAGUGUGUGUCCUGCCCUCGGUGACGUUUAAAGAGAUGUGAAGGUUUGUGGGCGGGGCCACAGUAGCCCUCAGCAGUGGUGCUGAUGCUGAGCACAGCUGCGUCGCUCCUUUAAAAAGAACACAUUUUUUUGGUCCGCAUUUUCUUUCUAACAUCACCGAGCUUCACCUGAUGGGAAGACACUCCAGUUAAGAUGUGCGCCAAUGUGUUCGGAGUGUUGAAGAGCCUCUUCGGGAAGCCCUUUGAUGGUGGGAAGAGGAUGGAUAAUGGGGGGACCCAGCAGCAGCAGCAGCCAAUGGAACAGCAGUACCCUCCUCAGCACCCCGCCAUGAUUCGUCUCUAUGAGGUGCACAAGGAGGUCACCUCCCUGGGCCCUCAGGUAUGCACCUUCAGCGGCCUGCAGGACGACCGCGACUACAAGCGUCUGGAGCGCGACCUGACCCGCCUGCUGCUGGAGGUGGACCAGGUGGAUACGGAGGGCAAAGUGGAGUUGCAGGGGGCGCGCAAGCGGGCUGCACAGGAAGUGGAGGGCCUCCUGCGUUACCUGGAGGAGAACGCCACACACCCGUCUCGUCUGGCCAUUGAGGAGCUGAGCAAUGAGGCGCGGCGGCUGAUGGACCAGCGCGUGGUGGCGCCACAGCGCUCGGGGGGUGUCGCGGAGAUCGAUGACGAGCUGGUGGAGUUGCUGCAGCAGCUGGUGCUGAGGCUCACACAGGUGAAGACAGAGGGAAGGGUACCUCUGCGGAAGGCCCGCUACCGGGCGUUGACGCGGCUGUGCGCCGUGCAAGACGUGAUGGAGGGCCGCACGCAGCAGCAGACCCUCUCGCUGCCGCUCUCGGGCGAAACCCACACUGCUGUGCACUGCAUCAACCAGGUGAUGGCGAAGGUGAGCGUGGCGCGCAGCCAGCUUGUGGCCCUGCUGAUGGGUCUGAGCGGCAGGGACAGCUGCGCUCACCUCUCACGGCUUCUGAUGGAGAUGCAGGUGGAGCUGGACGCUCUAGACGUGUCCGGGAACGCUGCCAUCAGGAACUAUCGCAAACAAGUGGUGGAGGAGAUCAAUGGUCUGCUGAAGCAUUUGGACCUGGAGGGGGAGGGAGAAGACACUCGCAGGUACGACUUGGCUCAGAACAACUCCAUUCGUGAGAUUGAGGCUGUGCGCGCUCACGUGUCGCACCUGCGUGAGGGCGUCCUGCGUCACUGCAUGAUGGGCGAGCUGGGCUUCCGGCCCAAAGCUGAGCUGCAGAGCCUCCUCACGCACCUGGACCAGGUGGACACGGCCAAGAACCCGUGUAUCCGCGAGGCCCGCCGCCGCGCUGUGGUGGAGGUCCAGGCCAUAAUCACCUUCCUGGACCUCCGCGAGGCCCUUGUGUGCCGCCAGCCGGGCCCCAGUGAGCACCCGUCUCACCGGGCUGUGUGGCUGGUCCUGGGCAGCCUGUCGGACCUCCAGGCUCAGGUGCUGGGCUUUGAUGGCAAGCGCGCUGACAAGAGCUACAUGAUGUUGGAGGAGCUGCUCACCAAGCAGCUGCUGACGUUGGAUGCCGUGGACCCGCAGGGCGACGAGGGAACCAAGGUGGCGCGCAAGCAGGCGGUGAAGUUCGCCCAGAACAUUCUCAACUAUUUGGACAUGAAGACGGACGAGUGGGAGUACUGACCCUCGCUAACCAAUGAUGGGACUUCACUGCAGCAAUGACAUGGGCUGUAAAUAUGGACUUCAAACCAGAAUGCACUGCAGCACCACUUUCCUUCUCCUUGUGCAGCCUGCUAAAAACUACUUUGAAACACUUUAGUGCUUUUUGUAGACUGUCAGUGUGUGUGUGUGUGUCAUUGUGUUGUAGUGUGACUGUAGACGCCUGCUGUUUAAACCUCAACAAUGUAGACACCAUGAAGGCAACCCACCUUGACUUUGAGAGCUUGGCUACAGAGCAGAGCUGUGUGCUUUAAGGGAAUGAUGGAGUUCUGGCAUGUAGAGUGAACCACAACCAGAAGCAUGAGCUCAGGGCGUAGAUGUGCGGCAGCUGGGGGGCGAGCUCAGAGACGUCUACUUCCUGUUUGAAGCGUUUGUGAUGUCGUGCUGGGCUAUAAAAGGAAGUCAGAGACAAAUGGAGGAGGAUGAAGAGGCUGUUUGUAGAUGAGGAUGACGACUGACGUCCACGAGGCUGAAAAAUAAAGCAGGAAGAUGGUAGCCAGCGGAACCUUGUAGAAUCUCUGUGCCUUCAUGUUCACGCUUCCCAAACCGCCUUGUAUCAUGUGACCAGACACCUGCACCCUCUGAUCACCGCCGUCCUCAAACACAGAGUGUCAUGAAGAGCACAACAAACUUGCACUAAUGUGUCCUCUUUAGUCUGUAUUGAUUUACACUGCAGUGUCCAACCUGGACUUGGUGUCCUAUAAGUGAGUAUCAUGUAGGCCGGGACGUAAAAAUAUACUUGUUAAACAGACUGCAUGUACAAGGGUUUUGGGACAGCCACGGGAAGUGAGUAUCUGCAGCUAGAGAGGCUUCCGCUCUCCAGGAAAACUGUGUCCAUGUGGGAACUUUUUUCGAUCGGUGAUGUAUGUCCACAGCAAACUCCUCCAAGCAUACCUUUAUCGACCUUGCUUUGUGCACUGACUCUAGCCCAACCUCUCAUGUCCCAACACUUCAGACCAUAUAUCAUGUUAUUAGAGCUGAGCAAGUGUCAAGUAUUGAAGGUGAAGCAUUGCCACCUUACAAUUCAAUGAUGACAGGAAUGUGUUCUCACCACCUUAUUAUCUUUCAUAUUUAGCAUAUUUAAGUUAAUUAGUAUUUGUUUUGAGAUUGACAGACUUAAAUGUGAUGUAAGUAAGGCUCUGUAACAGUAGCUUUUGUUACAGUAGUGUUUGUAGGAGGUCAGAGAUUAAAUGAGCUUUUUUUUUUUAGCUUUAAUGUGAGUCAGUGGUGUCCAAAGUGCAGCCCGCUGCUUGUUUUGUUUUUUUUAAUUGGCCAGUAGCAUUAUGGGAAAAGAAUUAUAGCCAAGGUGGGAAAAACAAACAAGAUAAUAUUAAUACUAAUUAAAUACACUCCUGAUCAAAAUUUUAAGACCAGUUGAAAAAUUGCAAGAAUUUACAUUUUUUGCACUGUUGGAUCUUAAGGAGGUUCUAAGUAGAGCUUCACAAUGCAAAAAGAAAUGGGAGUGAGACAAAAAAAAUAGUAAGCAAUUUAUUGCCAACAACCAUGAAACUGAUAUAGGCCACAGCCUUUUUAAAAAAUGUGGAUUCAUUGUAAUUUUCUGUCAGGUAUUCACACUGUCAUUAUCUCUUGACGGCAAAGGCAAAAUAGCUUUCUCUCUUUGAACGUGGUGGGAUUGCUGAGCUGCAUAAGCAGCACCUCUCGCAGUGUGCCAUUACUGCUGAGGUUGGACGCAGUAAGACAGUCAUUUUAAACUUAAAAGAUCCUGAGGGUUAUGGAACAAAAAAGUGACAUAGUAGAUCCCAAAAAAUGUCACAAGCCCUGAGCCGGAGGAGCCGAUUGACUGUCAAGACGAUCCCCGGCUCAAAUGAUGGUUGUUACUGGUGCCAAGUGCAGUGCAAUAACCUUCAGAAGGCAUCUGCAAGAGAACAAAACAUGUCUUCAUCUCCUUCAACGCCACAAAACUGUCCAUUUGGAAUUUGCACAAGAGCUCCAAACAUGGGACAUGGAAAGGUGGAAGAAAGUUUUAUUCUCUGAUGAGAAAAAAUGUAACCUUGACAGUCCUGAUGGCGUCCAACAUUACUGGCAUGACAAGGAGAUCCCACCUGAGAUUUUUUCCACACGGCACAGCGGAGGGGGCACCAUCGUAAUCGGGGGUGCGUUUUCCGUCAAUGGAACAAUGGCGCUUCAGGUUGUGCAGGGGCGUCAAACGGCAGAUGACUAUGUGGAGAUCUCGCAGGGGGCAUCCCUCAUUACUGACGGCCCUUGUCUGUGUGGUAAUGACUGGAUUUUUCACCAGGACAAAGCUGCAGUUACCAUUGCCCGCCUGACAGAGGAAUAACUUCACUCUGAUCGAAAUCCAACUGAGAACAUUUGGGGAUGGAUGGCAAGGGAAGUUUACAAAAAUGGACAUCAGUUGCAUUCAGUAGAUGCCUGCCGUGAAGCCACGUUCACCUGGAUUGGCCUUCUGGAAACUGGCAUCAAAUGGUGCAGAUACUCAUUCUCAUACUCAGUCCUUUUAAAAAAUAAAAAUUGUAUUUUACAGUGUGUCUUUUUUUUUUGUUAUGUUCUUCAAACUUUUCAUCAGCUGUUACACAGACUAUUUCAAUUUAAUGGUUAAAUUGCUGACUGAAUUUUUUUUUUUCACACUCCAAUUUCUUCUUUUUGCAUUUUGAAGCUCUACUUACUUUAACCUUAAGAUCCAACAGUGCAAAAUGUAAAGUCUUGCAAUUUUUCAACUGUUCUUUAAAGUUUUGAUCAGGAGUGUACUUUGUCACCUAUAACACAGUUUUGUCUUUAAAUAAAUGAUGUCCCUUCCUUUUUCCCUGUUAGUCGCCAGAGCGAGUCACUCACAUGAGUACACCUGACACAAAUCUGUCCAGGAACCCUUUUAUCUUUAAAGACAGCCAAACCUUGUUUUUUGUACCCCCCCCCCCCCCCCCCCCCAUCCCCAUCCCCCCAGUUUUCGUCGGAAAAUUCUGCUAAAAUUUUGCGUCCGUUUUUAUGGAGUAUCGCACAUAACAAAGUAUUCUCAAAUGCCCUGAAGUGUAUCGUUCCACUGAAUCGGAUUCCCAAACAAAGCACCCUAUGCGUUGCUGACUCACUGUCAUUUUUUAUUGCGUGCAACUCUUAUAUGGAGAGUGCAACAGAGUAAAUAACCCACCUUUUAAAUAACCACCACUUUUAAAGAAAGUUGUGCGUGCCAGCAAGUUGAUAAAUAAGGUGAGAAACACAACUGGAUUCGAUCUCGCCAGGAUGCAUUGGAAGUCCGUAUCAAUAAUUGCUUCCAGCCAUUCAUUAUUUUUGCAUUGUUUUCUAACUAUAUUCUCUAUAAAAUGUAUUUUUUGUUAAUGUUUUGGGUCUCUGUAACGCAUUAAUUAGCGUUACAUUAUUUCCUAUGAAAAAAAUUGCAUCGGUUUUGGUUACGUUUGGGUUUUUAUCUGACCUUUUUGAAUGGAUAACUGAUGAAAACAGAGGUAUCACUGUAUAAAAAAAAUAUUUUUAGUCUUUAUUUAUCCAAAAUGAAAAAUGUAAAAAUGCCCCCGCAUCCUUUUGAUUAGUCAGCAUGGUGUAAAAAGUUUGCCCCCCCCCCGGAUGUAGGUCAUGUUAGGUUUAUUUGAAAGAUGGCACAUGCAUGUUAUAACUAAAAAGUCAUAUGUCCAUGAUGGACAAGACAGUCCUUUUAUUUUACUCUAAAAUACAAGAUAGUCCUUUUAUUUUGCUCUAAAAUACAAGACGGUGCCGCUGUGUCUUGUGCUUUACUAGAAUGUCCUCCGCUCUCACUGACGUGCAUGGGCACUCGUCUAAAACUCUUCAGAUCAGGACCAAAUAUGUGGUGGGUGUAUUCACACUAUUUUGACGCUAAAAGCAAAGUCGUGCGUCCAGUCUGUGGAACCAGACUCCAUUACACUGAAUGUUUUAUUUCACAUUUACAAAAGAAUAGUUUGACUAUAACAUUUUAACUCAGGUGUAUCCAGACUGUUUCCAGCCAGGGUCUAUACAUAAAAACGUGAAAAUUAUUAUUAAAAAGCUAUCUGAACAAAACAAUCUUGUGUGUUAUAGGUGACAAAGCAAAUUAGUGUCAUAUCUAAUAAUAUAUCUCAUUGAUGAUUUUUAUUUUUACAGUAUGCAGAGGGCCGAUAAAACGGAGGCGCAGGCGGAAAAUGGCCUUUGUGUUGCACUUCGGACACGCCUGCUCUAACUGGUAAUAUUUGUUAUUUAUGGUGCAGCUAAAGACGACAUCAUGAAACAAGCAGUCUAAUAUGUCUUACUGGUCCCAUGUCAGAUGUCUCCCAUCCAAGCGAAAAGAGAACAUGACGUGUACUCACGGUUGCCAUGGUAACUCGGGCAGCCAGCAGGUCAAAGAGAAGAAGCGAAAACAGCUGCUGUGUGAACACAAACAUUAGAUUUAGACAAUUUAGUCUUUUGUGCAUAGCCAACACUUGAAGUGCUUUUCACUUUUCAUGUGGACGAAUGUGCUCAAUUUGUGUCUGAAAAGAAAGAAUGCUACUGAUGAGAA